AUGGCCGCGCCUUCCUCGGCGCCAGUCGCCAAUGGCACCUUCCCUGCGGACGAUGCAGCUGGACAGACGGUAGCUGCCAUGGCCGAAGCCGACAAGAUCUCUGCGGAUGAGAUCGCCCUGUACGACCGACAGAUCCGCCUCUGGGGUGUUCAAGCGCAAGAGAAAAUUCGCACCGCCAACAUCCUGCUCGUCUCCAUCAAGGCCCUCGCCAACGAGAUUGCCAAGAACCUCGUCCUCGCGGGCAUCGGAUCCAUCACGCUCGCAGACCAUGAAGUUGUCACCGAGGAAGACCUCGGCGCGCAAUUCUUCGUCAGCGAUGCCGACGUAGGCAAGAAUCGCGCCGAAGCAGCAGCUCCCCAAGUACAGAAGCUCAACCCACGCGUCAAAGUCAACGUCAUCUCCCGCGAUAUCCGCAACGAGCCUGAGCUAAGCUUCUAUGCCGCCUACGAUAUCAUCAUCGCCACCGACCUCGAUUUCCUGUCCUUCACCGCAAUCAAUGCAGGCACGCGGUUGUGCCAGAAAGCUUUCUAUGCAGGCGCAUCACACGGCAUGUACGGCUACAUCUUCGCCGACCUCAUAAACCACAGCUUCGUCAUCGAGCGCGACCUGAAUAGGAAGACCGAGUUAGUGACCGAGACCACAACGAGGCGCAUUACUGGCACACAGACGAAGCGCGAGAACGGCAAGGCUAUUGAGCUGGUCACCAAAGAGGAGCUGUACAGCCCCAUGAUGCUGGCCAAGGAUUCGCCGCUGCCACCGGAGAUCGCCAAGGAUCGAAGGAAGGUGAAGAAGGUCCACCCGCUUCUCACCUGCGUACGAGCACUCUGGGAGUACCAGCGCGACGGUAAAGGCAUAAAUCCGGCGCACCCGGCUUCAGAAGAGAACCUGAAGAUCUUUGCGACGUUGGUCAAGGAGAAGCACAGGGAGCUAAUGCUGCCUGAGAGCACACUGUCCGGCGAAUUCUUGAAGAGCUUCUUAGGCAACAUUGGAAGCGAGCUGGCGCCUGUCACCGCUUUCCUGGGCGGACAACUCGCGCAGGAUGUCAUCAACGUGCUGGGUAACCGUGAGCAGCCGAUCCAGAACCUGAUGCUGUUUGAUGGAGAAGAGAGUGCGGGCCCAAUCUACCCACUGCAUCCUAUCUUCCCUGAUACGCCAUUGCCCAUCAUGCCAAGCGCACCAGGAAGUUCCUUGAUCGCGGGACCUUUGAGCUGAGACUACAUACGCCUAGUCGAGCGCAGGACAGGCGCUGCGAAAGCCAAAAGUCAAGCAUCAUCGACGAUGAGAACAGUAGAGACGACGAGAAAUAGUUAGUCGACAACCUGCAUGAACGAAGAUGCAGAGACAGGCAAACAGCGCACACGGAGGAGGCGCAAUAGCAUGAGAUACCCAUAGCAAGAAUUGAAUUCUAAACCCACCCAAAA